AUGGCGACUUUACUGAAGUAUUGCGGUACUCUUACUAAUGUCGUGCAUUUGCAUAACGCUGCUGCGUUCAGCUCCUCUGGAAGGCGCAAAAUGCCACUCCUUACGGGACCAGAACGCGACCAAAUGCUUCCUCCUUUACUAAACAUCCACCAUUGGGAGUUGUGCCAACAUGGUUCUAGAGAGGCCAUACGACGCUCUUUUAUGUUUAAAGACUUUGAUGUAGCGUUCGACUUCAUGAAAAAAAUAGCAGAAAAAUCCAAAGUUAUGAAUCACCAUCCUGAGUGGUUUAAUGUAUAUAAUAAGGUAUGUCACUUAACAUUAUCAGUCGAUUCUCCAAUAUAAAUUUCGUUUUUUAAAAAUCUAUGUCAUGUUCAGUAGCAACUUCACUACAGUGGCCAUAAAAACAGUAGUUUAUAUGAUUUAGAUUUAGGAAACUAAAUUAUGGUGAAAAACCAAUCAAGUUUCAGAUAGGCUCCUGGUAUUUGAACGUGAAAUUCACUUGUACUUUCGGCCACUUGGAGUCAUUGUGCUAAGGCUGGUGUCAGCUUAUGAUGAAAAUGUUUCAACUGUUUUGUUUUAUCGAUUCGGUAUUGUGUAACAUACAUAAUCCCCGUGUGACACCAUGUAAUGUGGAAUAGCUGAAUAAAACCAUAUAAGAUUGCUUCAGUCAGAAUAUGGUAGCACUUGAUAUAAAAAUUGGAAGUGACAGAGUACUGCGGAAUGCAAAUUUGAGCCACCUAUAAUUGAUUCUAAGCAUUUAUUAUAAUCUAAGUUCAACCGAAUGAACAUUGGUGGGACAAAGUUCGAUUCAUCAUUUCAAAGAUCAGAACUAAAUUUGAGAUCUUGGCAUAAUACCAUAUAACAGGGUGCAGACUACUUUAUCCAAAUUUUAAUUAAAUGAGUGAGUCUAAAUAUCGUUGGUAUAGUCUGUUCAGUCUCAAUACCAAGUUUCCCUACAACUAUCAAAAGAAUUCUCAAAAAAAUCUAAAUGUUACUUAAGAUUUAAGCACGCCAACUGUGAAUUGUUUUUCGCAUUUAGCUACUGC